AUGGUAUUAAGAAAAAAGAAAACAACACCAACACCCGCUACUUCACCUGCUUCGGCAACAAAAUCACCGACAUCAAUAAACACAACACCAACAUUGGUAGAUAUGAAUCAAUCACAAAUAAAAUAUUCCAGUUUUAAAGUUUUUAUUGAAUAUUGCAUAGAAAUUGAUGCUAAUCAAACAUUUACUUCACAGCAUUUAGAUGCACCUGUAUCAGUUAAACAUGGAAUAGUGAAAUUUGUCAAUAUAGACAGAAGUUUAUUAUUAAUGUUAACAACGAAAGAAAUGUUUUUAGAUAAACCAUUAUGGUGGCCUGGUACUUCAGAAUUAUGUAUUAAUUAUGAACAAUUACAUGAUAUAGUUGAGUCAAGAUCAGAUGAGAGAAAAUUUGCUUUGGAUAUUAAGUCAUCGAAUCCUGGUAAACGUUUAAUUCAUGUAUUUUCAGCUGUCAAUAGGAAAGAGAGAAAUGAAUUGUUAGCAGCGAUAAGUAAGAAUGCUCAACAAUAUCAACAAAUAAUGACUCAACAAAGAGCUAUUCAACAACAACAAGCUACAUAUUAUUUAAGUCAAGCUAGUGCACAAAAAUCAUCAACAUCAUAUGUAGAUCAAACUUUAAACUCAAAAGAAGUAAAUGUUACUCCUAUUGUUACAACGCCACAAAAAAAGAGGUCAUCUGGUAGAUUUUCCAGAAAGACUGCCAUCAAAUCACCUCUGAAACCACUUUCGUUUGAAGAUUUUCCUCAUUCUGCUAAUAGUAGUUCACCCAGAGUAUUCAAUUUUAAUGAUGCUGACUGUGAAGCCUUUGGAUAUUCACCAACUAUUUAUCCGGCUAGUCAUCAAAACGACUCUUCAAAUAUGAAGUUUAGGAACAGGUCUUUAAGUCCAACUCCAUUGCAGUGUACAACACCAGAAGUUUAUCGCUCUAAGCCAAAUUUUGCAUCUCGUUAUUCGGGACAUGAAGAUAAAGGAAGUCAGUUCGAUGGGCCUUUGCCAUAUACAAGACCGCUUUCCAAAUCUCAACCACAACUAGCCUAUUCAUAUGAUAAUAGAUAUUAUCAACGUGAUGAAUACAUUCCAAGAUAUGAAAGUCAAAAUAACUACAGAUCUCCUGGUUAUGUUUCACAUUCACCGAUUGUCCCUAAAUAUGCAAAUUCAGCCUCAGCAGGAACACCUCAUACACCGAAUCGUAUUGUCCACUACAAUGAUGAUGAUGAAAAUGGUUAUGCUUACGACGGUGCUAAUUCAAAAAGUUUUAAAGUGGAUGGAGAUGAUUUAGUUUUAAAAAUCAAUUGUUAUAAUCCAGAGAAUCGUUCUAAAUCUCCAAGAACCACACAUUUAGUUCGUAUCAGUCAUGAAGAUAAUAGGGAAAAUAAUAACAGAAAGUAUUAA